GGCGCGGGCAGAUUGCGAAUUGCGAAAUCACACCUGAGCGGCAGACGAGCAGACGAGAACCACGCCAGAGGGCGCACUGCGCACGCUUCUUUCAUCGCUCCCGACAACCGUCGUUCGCUACUGCACAUCGCAAAAUGGGAAGCUCCAAGGACGACUCUGCCACCGACGGCGACACCGCCAGCGCCGACCUUCCGCCUUCCAAUUCCAGCCUGUUCUCCGAGGGCGAGAAGGUCCUCGCCUACCACGGCCCUCGCAUCUACGAAGCCAAGGUUCAAAAAGCUGAAUUUCGAAAGAAGGAAUGGAGAUAUUUUGUUCAUUACCUUGGCUGGAACAAAAAUUGGGAUGAGUGGGUUGGCAUGGACCGUUUGAUGAAACACACUGAGGAGAAUGUACUGAAACAGCAAGCCCUUGACAAAAAGCAGGGGGCAGACAAGAAUCCAAAGUCAGGGCGUUCAACACAUACUAAGCCAAAAAGCUCUACUGACGCAAAAGUGGAUAAGGAGGACCUUAAGAACUACGUGGCAAGAGGAAAGAAGCGAAAGACAGACUCUGGUGUUGAGAAGGAUAAUAUAUCUGUGGAAAAGCUUGUCAAGAUUCAAAUCCCGUCGACAUUAAGGAAACAGCUGGUGGAUGAUUGGGAAUUUGUCCAGCAGGAUAAGCUUGUUAAACUUCCACGCUCUCCGAAUGUUGAUGACAUAUUGACGAAGUACCUUGAGUACAGGUCAAAGAAAGAUGGCAUGAUGACUGAUUCAAUUGGAGAAAUUUUGAAAGGGUUACGGUAUUACUUUGACAAAGCAUUGUCAGUUAUGCUCUUAUAUAAGAAAGAGCGCCAACAAUAUCACGAAACUGUCACAGAUAAUGUCUCUCCAUCAACAAUAUAUGGUGCAGAACAUUUACUUCGUCUUUUUGUAAAGUUACCUGAGCUAUUGGCGUUUGUGAACAUUGAAGAGGAAACAUUGGUUCGUUUGCAGCAGAAAUUACUUGACUUUCUCAGGUUUCUGCAGAAGAAUCAGAGCACUUUCUUUGUUUCUGCUUACGAUAGUUCUAAAGGUUCUGAAGGAAGCGGCAAGGGGAAAGAUGACUGAGCAGCACUGUUAUCUGCUCUACCAUCUGUUCUUUGGCACUCAACAUCACAUGACGCAAUCUCAUUGGCAAAACUGUCUGCGGCCUGUAAACAAUCAGUAAUGUAGAAUGAUGUCUGUUUGUCUGUUGUUGUACUAGUAGUCCAAACCACCCACAAAACCUCCCCCUUGCCCCCCUCCCUUUUCAACCCCUCAAAAUCACCCAAACCCUCUACUAACAUCACCCACACCACCACCACCACCACCAACCCCACCCCCCCCCCCCCCCCCCAACCAAAACCUCUAUUCCUGGCAAAUGAUGUUCAUUGUGAACUUACACUGUACAAUUAAUAGAGUUACCAUGUGAAACAGCUAAUUGUUUGCCAAAGCAGGAAAAAGAAAAAAAGAGAAAUAAAAUCUAUUGGUUCAUUGAUUGUUAGC